UAAAUUAAGCUCCGUUCCGCGUUUUACCUACAGCUUUGACUUACACGCUGAUGCUUUUAAUUAGUUUCGCCGAGCCGACUGGCCUCCCGCGAUUCGCGACACAAAGCAAAGUUUUUAGGCUAUAAAAGCAGUAGUUUUAUUAAAGGCCACAAUAAUACAAGAAAAUGGCAUCUUCUCCACUUUUUUGCUUCCGACGCCCGUGAUGGAUCCAGUCCGUUAGAUGCCAGCUGCCGUAAAAUCCCAAAGAAGAAAUCCAGUCCGGGUUCUGCAUCUUUGACAAAAAACGGAAGUCGCUUUACUGGAAACGCGUUAUGUUGGUGUUUACUGUCACAAUCACGGUGCAUUUGUUCCUCGUCUUACCUUAAAAAUUAUCUGAAGGCAUGAUGCGUUUAACAUCUGUGUGUGCUGUUUUGAUCUGCUUUUCUGUGGUGGUCAGCAGUGUUCCCGUGAAUCAAAAUAAACAUCAAACAAAUGGUCAAAAUAAGAGUGUUCAGGUAGAGAAGACGGGCGCUCAGGGCGCCGGCGAGAAGACGGGCGCUCAGGGCGCGGGCGAGAAGACGGCCGCUCUGGGCGCCGGCGAGAAGACGGGCGCUCAGGGCGCCGGCGAGAAGACGGGCGCUCAGGGCGCCGGCGAGAAGACGGGCGCUCAGGGCGCCGGCGAGAAGACGGGCGCUCAGGGCGCGGGCGAGAAGACGGCCGCUCAGGGCGCGGGCGAGAAGACGGCCGCUCAGGGCGCGGGCGAGAAGAGGGCCGCUCAGGGCGCGGGCGAGAAGAGGGCCGAUCAGGUCGCGGACGAGAAGGUCGAUCAGGGCGCGGGCGAGAAGACGGCCGCUCAGGGCGCGGGCGAGAAGACGGCCGCUCAGGGCGCGGGCGAGAAGACGGCCGCACAGGGCGCCGGCGAGAAGACGGCCGCACAGGGCGCCGGCGAGAAGACGGCCGCUCAGGGCGCCGGCGAGAAGACGGCCGCUCAGGGCGCCGGCGAGAAGACGGCCGCUCAGGGCGCCGGCGAGAAGACGGCCGCUCAGGGCGCCGGCGAGAAGACGGCCGCUCAGGGCGCCGGCGAGAAGACGGCCGCUCAGGGCGCCGGCGAGAAGACGGCCGCUCAGGGCGCCGGCGAGAAGACGGCCGCUCAGGGUGCCGGCGAGAAGACGGCCGCUCAGGGCGCCGGCGAGAAGACGGCCGCUCAGGGCGCCGGCGAGAAGACGGCCGCUCAGGGCGCCGGCGAGAAGACGGCCGCUCAGGGCGCCGGCGAGAAGACGGCCGCUCAGGGCGCCGGCGAGAAGACGGGCGAGAAGACGGGCGAGAAGACGGCCGCUCAGGGCGCCGGCGAGAAGACGGCCGCUCAGGGCGCCGGCGAGAAGACGGCCGCUCAGGGCGCCGGCGAGAAGACGGGCGCUCAGGGCGCCGGCGAGAAGACGGCCGCUCAGGGCGCCGGCGAGAAGACAGCCGCUCAGGGCGCCGGCGAGAAGACGGGCGAGAAGACGGGCGAGAAGACGGCCGCUCAGGGCGCCGGCGAGAAGACGGACGCUCAGGGCGCCGGCGAGAAGACGGGCGGUCAGGGCGCCGGCGAGAAGACGGGCGGUGAGGGCGCCGGCGAGAAGACGGGCGGUGAGGGCGCCGGCGAGAAGACGGGCGGUGAGGGCGCCGGCGAGAAGACGGGCGCCAGUGAGGGCGGCGAGAAGACGGCGGGUCAGGGCGCCGAGAAGACGGCGGGUCAGAGUGAUGAAACAAACAAACACAUGAAAAUGGGUGACAAUAAGAGAGAGGAGAACGCAGAGAGCAGCCACUUCUUUGCCUAUCUUGUCUGUGCUGUUAUAGUGGUGGCCAUACUCUACGUCGCCAAUCACAACAGGCGCAAGAUCAUUGCUUUUGUUGUUGAGGGCCGAAGAGCACGAGAAUACCGGAGACCAAACACAUCUGGUUACCAAAAACUCGUUCAGCAUUGAGAAAGUCCAGUCACAGUUUGUUGGAUGAAUCGAAUGAAUAACUGUGACCUUGAGAAUCUUGAAAUGAUCCAUCAUCAGGCAAACAUCACCACACCAAUCAUCAUUAACUCCUACUGUUUAUAACCUAACGUUAUAUUAAUAAUGAUCAUAACUGUUCAGGACAUGUCACUGCCGACAGGUACAGUAUUUUGAAAAUGUAGUCUGUUAUAGUUCUUGGAGUCUUUAGGCUUUUAUGAUCUUCAUUUGAGUUUCAAGUGUUACACAAACACAAAGUUUGCUAUAUUGGUACAUGUUGGUCUCGUACACACUCUCGCAGACUUUCGGGAGUAACAACCGCAUUAAAAUGCGGGAGUGAAUCCCCUAAAUGUUCGUUUCAUGUCUGUACGGAACAAGACUCACUCCCGAAAAUGUGAUGAUUGACACAGAAAUAACCAUAGCAACGUUCUGCCGUCUCGCGUGCUUAUCACUCACAGCUUUGACCAAAAUAAUAACAGCAUUGUGUUUUGCAAUAAACCUCCGUCUUGGCGUUGUGUAUUUUACGUUUUUGUGAGGCUGCUUCACAGCGUGGAGCGUGUCUUGCAGUGUUGCCAGGUCCUCGUCUUUUUUGUACGUUAAUACCGUUUUGGCGCUUAACCGUUUAUGGCUUUUGGCUCAUGAAGCAAUCAAGUUUUUUGUGUUAAUAAAGUGUGAGGGUGCCGGUGUUGUGUCGAACUCAGUUCCCCCUAUGUUUCCCUUUAGUGUCGUGCUUUUAUAGCGUUUUCAUCACGUUACAUUUAGAAAGAUUAAAGAUUUGAAUUGGUUAUACUAAAAAGGCAUAAUAUCAUGUAUUUUAUAAUACAAUUUAUUAAAUAUUUCAUACAUUUGACAGUUUUCUAUUAGGGUAUUUCUUUUAAAAUAUAGCCUGUCUUUUUCUUUUUUUCCUUUACUGGUUGUUUUAAAAAUGUAAUGUUUGCAUACAUAAUUAAAUAAAUAUUAUACAUAUAAUAUGAUUCAUACUGUAAAAAUAAUUGACUUACCAUUAAGAACAAUACAGAUACAUUACAGAAAUGCACACAUAUACAUCUCAGUAGCCAUUAAAACUUUAAAUAUAUAAAUAAUAAAACCUAUAGCGUGAUAAAAACGCCAUAAAAACACUACACUGAAGGGAAAAAUAGGGGGAACAGACUUCGACACAACACCGGUCCCAAUAUUUUGAUCUUUGAGGUAAAGCAUUUAGAUUUAUUUCGGUUUAUUAUUGGAUUUUUCUUGUUCGCUGUUUUUUUAGUGCAAGAUCUGGCAACAAUAGUCAGCAAACGCUUGUGCCUCUGUCAUUUUCUGAAUCGCGCAUACAGAAGACUUUUUUCCUUUUCUAAGCAUUUAUUUUUUUAGAAGAGAGACCUGUCCUGUUUAUGAUGAACGUUUAAACACUUGAUUAACUACUAGUUGUUCAGUUCGGUUAUGUACACACUGUGCAGAGUUUUUUGUAAAUUCGGUUGUCACUACCUGCAUUUUGCGGGAGUUAAUUCGAUUGUAGAAUGCGGUUGUGAGUCCUGUAAAAUUACUGAACUGUGUGUGUACAGAACAGGAUUAAGUAUUAAAAGGUGAAGUGACAACCGAAUUGAUAUGCAGUGUGUACGGGACCGCUGUUGAUGUUUGGUUACAUCUGUUCUUUUGAGUAUUGAUGGUGGGUCGCAUUGUUUUCUAUGUAUCGUUUUAUUCAAAUCUAUUUCUAACAGAGAAGAUAUAUACAAUCUGUAUAUUUUUUUAAGGGAUAUAUUUGUUGCUUUCUCAUGACUAUGAAAAUUGUUUUAGGGGAAUGAAUGAGGGUAUGAUUGACGUUUUAAUUAUUCAGAGGGUUUGUUUCGUUUUUGCCUUAACUGAGCUCAUAAAAAUGUUAAUGAAUAAAAGUCAAUAAUAGGAAUGCACUUUCUCCCUGUGUAAAUAGGACACAAGCAGUUGGUCUUUUCUGGCUUUAAUGGGAUUUGACAUAAUGUGUUUUUUGUUAUGAAACAUCAUUUUUGAUUAAUUGAUUGGUCUAUAAAUGCUGUAUUUCCUUUACCUCUGUUAGCCCAGCCUUAGCUAUCCAAUUUGUGAAUUGUGAAAGUGCCAAAUGUAAACAGUUUUCAGGAAAUCUAUGCUGAUUAAAGAGUCGGAUGGCUAUGCAGACCUCUAAAUCAGAAAUUAAGAAUAUCGAGUGUAUUUAAUUUACUCUGUGCCAUGUCAUAAACAUGUCUUGUCCAUUGCAUAAACACUUUAUUGAGCGUGUACUGGAUUACCAGUCCUGCUUUAUUCACUAUGAAGUCUGUGUGUGGUAUCUAGCUUUACAUAAAAAUUCUUGAAAUCCUGGAUAUAAUUUGAAUUGUAAUGUGGUUUAAAAAUAUCUGAUAGGUUUUACUUGCCUAUGUACUGUGGUCUGUCUUUAAGCACUGUUGCAGCUUUUGCACAUGGGAGUAAAGUUUUGAAUUUUUCCUCCGA